AUAAUCCUAUUCAUUAUGGUCAUAUUCUUACAUCCCCGACAGAAAGUCUUCAGUCAGAGUCAGGGGAUCAUAGUGGACAACUGGCCUGUUGAUGAUAUCUUGGUGACAACCGAGGAGUCAGCUGAAGUGAGGGGACCACGAGGCACAGUGCGAGCUAAUGUGGUGAUCCUGUGCCCCGGGCCAUGGGCUGGACCAUUACUGGCGAAGCUGCAUGUCCACAUACCUCUCCAAGUGAAGAGGUCAUCAGUGUUGUACUGGCGCAUACAAGAUCCAGCCUUCACCACCACAACAUUCAUUGAUUUGCAGGAAUCCAGUGGAUACGCCUAUGGUCUGCCUGAGCUCGAGUACCCUGGCCUUGUGAAGUUGACGUUCUCCGGGGGAGCAGUGGUGACACCAGACGAGAGGGACGCAGGUGGGAGGGAUGAAGAGAUGACGAAGAUGGUGAGUGAAUACGUGAAGGAGAAGUUCCCUUUCCUGCAUCCUCAUCCAGUCAUCCAGGAGACCUGCAUUGUUACGUGCACACCAGACAUGGAGAUGGUGGUGGAUCGUCAUCACAAGUACAAGAACAUCAUCUUUGCUUGUGGCUUCUCGGGUGAGUAG